AUGGUAAAGCAGAAACGCAACAAGUGGUGUGAACCUUGUAGGCUUUUGAAUAUAUCCUCAUCAAUAGAAAAGAUCAACACACAAAGUUCCGAGUCAACAGAACCAAAUUCACAAAAGGAAUUCAAUUGCAACCAUUCUCAUAAUGCUGAAAAAGACCAUCCUCGUGAUGGUGAUUCAUUGGAAAGCGAUGCGCAACGUUCCGUGAAGAAAAAGAAGUCAACACAUAAUAUGAAUCAAGAUCAACCUACCCGAUCAACGUUUGCAAAGCUCUGCGAAGGAUUUCCCAACAAAUAUGAUGAUUUCAUUAACACUGAUAACAAAAUAUACGACAAAUCAGGAAAAAUAGUCAUAGGACACAUUUGCAAUGAAGUUAUUUUCUCCACUGAGUGUAGUAAAGAUUUGGAUUCAAAGAAAGUGCGAUGCCAAAAUUGUGAGAGGCUGCAAGGAAGGUUACAUAAAUGGCAAUCACGAUUUCAUGUGGAAGAAAAUAUAGAUAUUUCUCGCUACAAUCAAUACCCAAAAAUUAUCCAGAAAAGAUUAGAAUUAUGCCAGAAACAUAUGACAAAAAUUCCAUCCAACCAAAUCGAGUUGUUAGAAUCACUAUUGAAAAUGCUUGAAAAUUAUGAAUAG